CGCUUCUACACCGUGAAUGCCAACACGGUGGGCACGCUGGAGCGCGUCAUGAACAGCAUCAAGUUCACCGACUCCGCAGGGGUCAGAAUGGCACAAGAACUUCAAGCAGAUGCCGCCAAGCUCGACGACUUCCGCGCACGCAUGCACAAGCAGGGCUGGCGCAUUGGGCUGGCUGGCAACACCAGAACAUCGGGGGGGUGGAGCGCGGGAGUCCUCAUUGCGGCUCUAUGUAGUCAUGGGUUCGACUAUGCGAGGCGCGGCGUCGACACCUGGGACAUCUCUCCGAAGGGCCCCGCGGGCCGCCUUGCCAUCGCGUCGGGGGGCGCGGCGCUGCAACAGGGCUUGCUGCGCGGCGGCGUCUACCUUUGGAACAGCGAGGGCUCCGCCACACGCAACCAGCAGAUCCUGCCCAAGUGGGCGCCCGCCGUGGAGGCCGCGCGGCAGGCGUGGAUGCUGGGCGGGGGCUUCAACAUGGACCCGUCCGACCUGCACGCCUCGGGGCUGCUGGGCAGGAUGAAGGGUAGCAUCGUGCGUGACCAGCAGACGGGCUCCUGCGGCGCGGGAGGAGAGGCAGGAGUGCGCAACACCAGUGACUAUCUCAUCGUCUCCACGAGCCUGGCCGUGGGACCGCUGACGGCGACGGCGCUGGAGGGCUUCAACGUGGCGCCCCACCUGCCAGUCAGGAAGGAGAUCGCGCAGAUGGGCUCCCGUAGCAGGAAGCCCUACAAGCUCACCGCACCCAAGCGGUGGCCCAUCAAGCUGCCCGUGGGCUGCGCCGCACCGCCUACGCCGCGGCCGAGGCCCUUCGCCAGGGCGGGAAACCACGAGCGGGCGGACAUCGACGAGCACUGGGGCAACGCGGGGCAGGCGCACGAGAGCCACCUCAACCGCUUCUUUAAUUUCGACGGCGACGAGCUCGCCACGCGCAUGGGCCACUUCGAGCUGCCCAAGUACAAAUGGCAGGACAUCGAGGUCCCUGCCGCCGCGGAGGCCACCGCCGUGCGGGCGUGGGCCGAGGGCGCCGAAUGGCUGGCCCGCAACCUCAAGCACCUGCACGACAGCGCCUCGGCAAGGAUCGCCAAGGGCCCUCCCAAUCACCCCAUCGCGAUGCCGCUCUUCGCUAAGCGCGCGCCCGACCAGGAGGCCACCCGCAGCGACGAGGACGACGGCGACACGCCGGCGCCCAUCCAGGAAGGGGGGCACCCCGGGGAGGGCGCCGACGCGACCAUCAGUUGGAACACCACCAACUGGCCUGACAUCGCGAGCACGCCAGGCUACGUCACCGCCGACGCGACGACCGAUUGCGAGCUCCACUACGUCUUCUGCAUGACCAAGCUGCUGGACCUCGCCAGCCGCCGCAGCUGGUUGGCAUUACACCGCGCCUCGACCGCCAGCUGGCGUCGAUGGGUGCGCGCGCAUGGACAGCGAGGCGCGGGGGCCAUCCACCGGCGGGCGAAACCCACCAGCCCGUGGACACCGCAGGCGACCGCAGGCGUUUCGCAGGACUUGGAGGACCACGCGCUCGUGCACCCCCAGGCCGACUGGCACCCUCGCCAGUGGCAGUUGGGCGGCUACGCUGGAGCAGCGCGCGUCGCCAGCGUGCUGAACGCCACGGAGGCGGGUGCCCCGUGGCCCGCGGCGCAGGCCGCCAUCCUGUUCCACUUGCUGGCCAAGCCGAGCGGUGGCCACCGCAAUCUCGGACUCAUGCCCUAUUUGGCGAGGCUGUGGGAGACCAUCCGCACGCCGUGCGCGCGGAGCUGGGAGACCAAGAACAGGCGAGACUACGACUGGGCAGCCCGAGGCAGGUCCAGCGAGAGGGCGGCUUGGAUGCAGGCACUGUUCUGCGAGUCCACGGCCGCCCUGGAUCUCGACUAUGCCGUCGCGUACUUCGACCUGGUCAAAUACUUCGAGUUCGUGGCCCACGCGAAGGCGUGGGAGGCGGGGCUGCACUGGGGCUUCAACCGCGCCAUCCCGCGGGCCACCCC